AAGGGAAAAUCGAUUUUCCAAUCAUCGGAAAGAGAAAGAUACAGUGCACAAUGUUAUCACCUAACUGAACGUUCUCGACAGGUACUGGAUUUUUUUUUAAACCGUUUUCGAGAAAUAAGUGUAAAUAUGUACAAAUAGUAGAACUCAAAUGAUAUCACACGAGCUGAAUUAUUUUGUAGAUAGUGACAAAAGAUCAAGAAAGCGUGUUAACAGUUCCGAAAUAGCAAUGGAUUCGAAUUUCGAUUUUGAAGAGCAUAUGGAAAAAUAUGACCAAGAGAAUUCCGCAAUCCACAGAAAGCUUCAGAGCAAAGUGGAAGCUCUGAAAAUAAUGCGAAAUGAGCUGGAGAAGUACCGUUCCGAGCGUGACCAGUUCAAGCUGAUGGCUGAAACUCUGCAAAUGCGAUACUCAGCCAUAAAAAGUAGUCUCAAUUCGCCGGAAUUCCAAGCGGCUGGAUUCAGCCAUAGCUCUGCCAUUAACCUCCUGGUGAAUCAAACUCGCGAGCGAAACUUGUCCUUGAGCACGGAAGUCGAAGCCUUACGGCAACGGGUGCACGAACUCGAAGGGGACAUCGAAGUUCUACGAACGAGAAACUGCGACCUGCAGGCGGUAUUCAACAAAAUGAAAUCCGCGGAAGAUGCUAAGCUCAAGGAUUGCAAUGGCGUAGUUUGGCAGGAGGAAAAAUCCAAACUGAUUGCCCAGAUGGAAAAUCUGAAGAAGAAAAAUGCGCAACUUCAGUACGACUUCCGAUCGCUGUUGGACGAAAAAGAGGAUGUGGUCAUGGAACGGGACGCGUACAAAUGCAAGGCACACCGACUGAACCACGAGUUGAGUGUUAUGCUCAAGGGAGAUAAAUCACAGCAGAAGAUUGUCGAUAUUGAUGGAUUGAUUCUGGAGAACAAAUACCAACAGGAGAAGAUAACGAAUUUGGAAAAUGAACUGGAACUGUCCCGACAGUCGGCUACGAAGUACAAGAACAUGCUAGACACCAAGCGGAAAAAGGGAAUCAUCAAACUUGGCACUAACAACAACCAGAGGGUCAUGUCUCAUUCGCAAGUGAAAGAUCUCCUCGAACGUGGAACCGUGGAAGAGCUACCCCUCAAAGCAGCGACCAUAUCGGAGCUAAAGUCACUCUGCCUAGCGCUAUUGGAUAAUGUCAAUGACAAGAGUCUGGCUUUAUCGCACCAAAAGAAGACUAACAAACUUUUGGCUGCCAAGAUAUCGGAAUUGGAGCAACGAAUACACGCACUCACAGGGACGAACGAAAUUGUAACCGCGUCCAGUCUUUCACCCUCGCAAAUUCUACUCAACGGAUACAGCUCAGCGACGGUCGAUGUGGGCCUGAGCGAGGAAAUCAAACAACUCAAAAUUGCAAUCCAUUCCGAACUCAGCGAUAGUGGAGGCGCUGAGGGAAAGUGUAAUGUCGAAGCAACCAGUUCCAAUACCUCGCAAGGUUUGCUGACCGAACUGCUUUCGUCCGAAUCGAAUAAGAGCCUACCGAGCUGUUCGGAAAUUGGUGAUCAGGACUACGGUAGCGCGUCCUCUUCCGAUAUGACGUCCAAUGCGGAGGAAAGUACCGGGAUCUUGUUGGAACCAUACAUUAAGGCUAACCGCAGCGGAUCUACGGACAGCAAGCUUCCUGAACUGCCUCCGGAGAUUGCAGAGCUCGUGCGGCAACUAUCGAAGAGUAUGGAUGUUGGUGCUAAUUGAAAGCGGAUGGAAUUUGUUAACACUAUUAAUGAUCUUGAAUCUUGAUUGACACACGUGUUUUUCGAAGGCUUGUUUUCAUUUCCGGGUACAGUUCAGCAAUCAGUUAUGCUAGUUUAGGAUGAAUAUACCAAGCA